CAGUAGACGAAAUCCUAAAUUAAUUAAGAAGAGAAAAUAGAAAGAAAGAAGUCAGAAUAUAGUUCACAGUGUGUGACAGAUUUCCACACCCAGAAGAAACAGAGAGAUCAUUAAACAAGCACGUCUUCUGAAAUAGCUUUUCGCAGAAGCACUUUUCUCUUCCAAAAUCUCGCUGAUUUUACUUCUUCUCUGAAAUCCCUCUCUCUCAUUUGGGUUUUCUGCAUUGCCAUAUGUAAAGGAAGAAUCCAGAAGAGAUGUUCACUGAAGGACUUGAUAGGAGCGCCCUUCGUUGGGUUAGAGAGAAGGAGGAAGUUCCAUUUUCGGGUUCUAAUUUGCGGCCUAGGAUUGAUCCGAUUAUGCACAUUCGCAAUGGUAGUGGCGGCAGGGGGUUUGGACUCCCCCCUCCGUCUAAAUUUAGAAGUGGACACUUGCCCUCCAAUGCCAUACCGGUUCGGACAAUUCCAGCCGAUGGGGAUGAGAGUGGGUCUGCUUCUGAUAAUGACAGAACCACUGAUUCAGAAGAUGGAGUUUAUGGAGGCAGGUACUCGCUGGAUUCGUCACCGCAAGAUGAUAGGGUUCCCAGUGCCGCUGCUCAUAGGUAUGGGAAGCCGUCGCAAGGGCAGACCAAUUAUGGCAGUGAUUAUACUUACUCAGAUGUCAGUUCCUCGAUGGACACUGUUGUGGGGAGACAGAAACCUGUGGCAGAGAGAUUGGUGAGGGGAGCGAGGAAGUAUCCAGUUGCGCAGAAUGGUUAUACGGAGGACGAGUCAUCUGAUUCGGCUGCAAGCUCAGAGUUUUCUACUUCACGCAGGAACUUGGAAAGUGCUGCUGAAAAGAAUUUGCAUUCCACAAAGCUGCAGAGUAAAAAUUUUCCUGAUGACGAUGUUCCCAGUGCACCACCCUUUAGUGGUGCAACUCAGGAAAUUAGACAAGAUGAUGAGAAAAGUCCUACUAGAGUGCAUAGGACACCGCAUGCUACUUCUCCAUCUGAAUUCAAAACAACCCCUGGUAAAAAGCAGGAUGUUGUUACUGGAAAUGGGAAUCUUGAACAGUUUGCAAGAACUACAACUAGUUCCGAAGCUGCUGCGCCAUCAUGCUCAGCUCGGCUCCCAACAUAUUAUGCAAGUGCUCUAGGGCCAUGGCAUGGUGUCAUUGCAUAUGAUGCAUGUGUGCGUUUGUGCCUUCAUGCUUGGGCAAUGGAAUGCAUGGAAGCUCCCAUGUUCUUGGAAAAUGAAUGUGCUCUUCUACGAGAUGCAUUUAGUUUACGACAAGUGCUUUUACAAUCAGAGGAAGAACUGUUGGCAAAGCAGACUUCAGAGCUUGCAAGUGAGAAAGCUGCUCCAAAACCAAAGAAAGUUGUUGGCAAAAUGAAAGUGCAAGUGCGCAGAAUUAAAAUGGGCCUGGACCCACCUACCGGGUGCAGUAUUUCGUCUAUAAGGCCACCAGUAAUCAAACUGGAAUCCAUUCGUUAUCAUCUCUCCAGCUUCCAGUCUACACUUGCCUCUGGAUGGCAAGCCCUUCGAAAUAUUCGAGUUGCACCUCGGGUACCUGCAAAUGGUUCUUUUUCACGUCAAAGCUUGGCAUAUGUGCAUGCUGGUACUCAGUAUAUAAAACAGGUGUCUGGACUUUUGAAAACUGGUGUAACAAGUCUACGUGACAGUUCGUCCUCAUAUGAAGUUGUGCAUGAAACGUACUCUUGUUUGUUAAGACUGAAAAGUUCAACUGAAGAAGAUGCUGUCAAGAUGCAACCUGGAUCCGGUGAAACUCAUGUCUUCUUUCCAGAUAGUUUGGGAGAUGAUCUAAUAGUUGAAGUCUUUGAUUCGAAGGGAAAGCAUUUUGGUAGAGUCAUUGUUCAAGUGGCAACAGUUGUUGAUGACCCAGCUGACAAGCAACGCUGGUUCUCUGUCUAUCGUGAACCAGAACAUGAACCUGUAGGAAAGAUGCAGCUAUCUACAUAUUAUUCAACAAGUUCAGAUGACAAUCCCAAGUGUGGCUCUGUUGCAGAAACAGUUGCAUAUGACCUUGUUUUAGAAGCUGCUAUGAAGGUUCAGCAUUUUCAACAAAGGAAUCUAGUGGUGCAGGGUCCAUGGAAAUGGCUUUUAACUGAGUUUGCAACAUAUUAUGGUGUUUCUGAUGUAUACACCAAGCUGAGGUAUCUCUCUUAUGUUAUGGAUGUAGCUACACCAACAGCUGAUUGCCUCAACUUGGUGUACGAUUUGCUAAGGCCUGUUUUGAUGAAAGGCCAUAACAAGAGCACGCUGAGUCACCAAGAGAACCGAAUCUUAGGAGAAACCAAGGAUCAGAUUCAACAAACUCUUGCUCUAGCUUUCGAGAAUUACAAGUCCUUGGAUGAGUCAUCGCUUUCAGGAAUUAUGGAGGUCUUUCGACCUGCGACUGGGCAUGCUGCACCUGCAUUGGAGCCUGCUGUCAAACUUUACAUGCUUCUUCAUGAUAUCUUGUCUCCCGAAGCGCAGACUGCUUUAUGCCACCAUUUCCAGGUUGCUGCGAGAAAGAGAUCACGGAGGCACUUAGCUGAGACAGAUGAAUAUAUUACCAGCAAUAGCGAUGGUAUAUUGCUUGAUAGUUUGAGUAUGGCGACUGCUUACCAGAAAAUGAAAUCUUUGUGCCUUAACAUUAGGAAUGAAAUCCACACUGAUAUUGAGAUCCAUAAUCAGCAUAUACUCCCCAGUUUUGUAGACCUCCCACAUCUGUCAGCAUCAAUAUACAGCACAGACCUAUGCAGUAGAUUGCAUGCUUUCCUCGUUGCUUGCCCCCCAACGGGUCCUUCAUCCCCUGUAGGAGACCUUGUUAUAGCCACAUCAGAUUUCCAAAGAGACCUUUCCAGUUGGAACAUCGGCUAUAUUAAAGCUGGCGUUGAUGCAAAAGAAUUGUUCCACCUCUAUAUUAUGCUGUGGAUUCAAAAUAAGCGUGGGUCCUUGCUCGAAGCAUGCAAAUUAGACAAGGUAAAAUGGUCAGGAGUUAGGACACAGCAUUCGACGACUCCUUUUGUGGAUGAAAUGUAUGAUCGUCUGAAAGCAACUUUGAGUGACUAUGAGAUCAUCAUUUCCAGAUGGCCUGAAUAUGCCUGCAUUCUGGAGAAUGCUAUUGCUGAUGUCGAGAAGGCGAUCAUAGAAUCUCUAGACAAGCAGUAUGCAGACAUCCUGUCACCAUUAAAGGAAAAUUUGGCCCCAAAGAAAUUUGGCCUCAAGUAUGUUCAGAAGCUUGCCAAAAGGUCUGUGAGCGCCUAUACAGUCCCUGAAGAGUUGGGAAUUCUGUUGAAUUCGUUGAAGAGAAUGCUUGAUGUCCUUCGUCCCCAAAUCGAAGUUCAGUUCAAAUCAUGGGGUUCCUGCAUUCCGGAUGGUGGGAACACAGUUCCUGGAGAGCGUCUCAGUGAAGUCACUGUAAUGUUGAGAGCCAAGUUCAAAAAUUACAUACAAGCAGUUGUUGAAAAACUUGCAGAGAAUUCAAAGUUGCAGAGUGCUACAAAACUAAAGAAGAUUCUGCAAGAUUCAAAAGAAACCGUGGUAGAAUCUGAUGUGAGAAGUAGAAUGCAGCUUCUGAAAGGCCAGCUGGCAACCACAGUUACUCACCUGCACACUGUGUUUGGGACUCACGUCUUCAUUGCAAUUUGUCGAGGUUAUUGGGACCGAAUGGGACAGGAUGUUCUGAGUUUCUUAGAGAACCGAAAAGAAAAUAAGUCGUGGUAUAAGGGUUCUCGCAUCGCUGUCUCUAUUCUGGAUGAUACAUUUGCAUCACAGAUGCAGCAGCUGUUGGGGAACACACUGCAGGAGAAGGACGUGCAGCCCCCUAGAUCCAUAAUGGAAGUCCGGUCUAUUCUUUGCAAGGAUGCUGCCAAUCCGAAGGACAAUUCCUACUAUUUUUAGGUGCAAGUGUAUGAGGUGGGGAGACAGAUUGCCUUUUUGAAUCGACAUGUAUAAGCCGGGUGCUGCUUAUUUUUGUAGAGGGAGCAAGCAACUCGGCUGCUCUUGAGUCACAAGAGAACUCAAUGUUUCACAUGUUUUUGCUCGAAAAUAUAGGAUUGAUAAACAAUUUUUGUAUUGACCAAAUAUUGGCUUCAUAGAUUUCCUUUUCACGAUUUUAUCCAA